AUGUCCGGGUCGGUUCCGUUUGAAACAGCUCUGGCCGCUCGGCUGGAGAUAUUUAAUCCAUCCGCUGCUGACGUGGCAGGGUUCCUCAGAGACCAUCCGCCAAGUCUCCCCUUCUUCGGCUCAUUGCCCUUCUCCCCCUUCAUGCCUCCCCCGCUUCCGCUCCCUGCCCCCGUUCCCCUUCUCGCCUCCCUCCCGUUUCCCCUUCUCCCACCUUGCCCACCCUCUCCUGCCCCCCCGUGCCCGCGCUCCCCUGCCCCUGGCUCCCUCUCGCGUUACCUGCCUCAGCCUGUCGCCGCGCUUCUGGACAUCCCCGUUACAAACAUCUUCGCCAACCGUCUGCUGUUCGAGGAGGGGAGCGGCGCGUAUGCUGGGUUCGACGCUAACGAGCCCACGUCUAGGAGCGGCGGCAAGGCCAGAGCUAUCGCGCAGCUGAAGCAGGAGCAUGGGUUCAAAAGCUUGGUCAUGGUGGGGGAUGGUGCCACUGAUCUGGAGGCUCGGCAACCAGGGGGUGCCGACAUGUUUAUUGGGUACGGAGGGAUUCAGGUCCGGAAAGUCGUUGCUGCCGAAUCUGACUGGUUUGCGAUGGAUUUUCAAGAUCUUAUCGAUAAUGUAUAG